UCUGGUAAUGACAGAGUCCGCACACCCCGGUGAACAGAAUCAACUCUAUUUAACCCUGUCAUGCAGCACACAGGCACAUAAACUGUGCAUCACUUGCCAUCCCUCUGCAUUCGUCCAUCUCAACUCUGAACAGGGAGAAAUAUGAUCUGGCUUUGCAUCACAUCAGUGCUGUUGAUUACUCCAGCCAUCUCUCAUCAAAAAAUUGACACAAACCACAUCAAAGUUUUCCCAGGAGAGAACCAAAGUAUUGCCGGAGUAUUCCAGGUUAGCGGCUUAGAUUACCUCAACCAGCCUCAGUACGCCUUCAAUGCCUCUGAAGCUCGGAGGCUCUGCUGGUCCCUCGGAGUGAACAUUGCCUCAAAAGCUGAAGUACAGCAAGCUCUCCGCAGAGGUUUAGAAACAUGCAGGUUUGGAUGGAUUGAUGAGCAUUUUGGAGUCAUUCCCCGCAUUAAGGCCCUUUCUAAUUGUGGUCAAAACCAGGUGGGCUUGGUGACGUGGCGAGCCCCAGUUACAAAAAAGUUUGAUGUGUUUUGCUUCAAUGAAUCAGAUGCAGCAGCACAAUUGAAGGAUGCAACAGCUGAUAGCCCUUUAAACAGCAGUGAUCACUCAGGGCAAACUCAUUCUUCAAAAGCAGCAAGCUCUACCCAGUCCCCACACUCUACAUCUGCCUCCACUGCUGUUUUUACUUCCUCCUCAACUCCUAAAACCAUAGACAAUGAGGGAGAACCAGCCAGGUUUGUCAGCAGUGCACAGAGUUCUUCUGGAGGAAAGGUCAUACUCAUCACCUCAAUGUGUGCCCUUCUCCUUGUCGCAAUUAUCAUCCUUAUAUACAUAAAAAUGAGAAGCAAUCGCACUCUGAAGCAGCAGUCCGAGUACAUUCAGACAGAGGAGUGGACUUGUGUGACGAAAACACAGGAAACCAACACAGCUGCUGAAGAAGAUGAGAGGAUAGAAGUGGGUGAAGAUUCAAGUUAAACUUUUUUCUGAUUAUACAUUUUUAGGAACAUAAACAAAUGAGUAAUAUUGUAUAAUAAGGAUGAUGUGUCCCUUAUUGUGUCCUUUAAAAGGCAUUCAUGUUUGUAUAUAUGUGUUACUUAUAUAUGUGUGUGUGUUAUGUGACACUAUGAAAUGGUGCAGUUUAAACACUGGGUGGCAGUGUUUGCUAUGAAGACUUUUUAUUAUUUUGACCUACUGCUUGCUGCUUCAGAUAAAGAACAUACAUGUAAAUGCAACAUUUCUACAACCAUUUCUAGCAUUUUUUAAAAAGCAUAUGCAAUUGUGAACUUGCUUAAACCUCUUUAAAACAAGCUCCUGAAGGGGGAGAAGUCUGAAUUAACACAGCAUAACUCAACCAUGAUUGGUCCUGUGUCUGAUGUACAGUGUAUACGGUAACUAAGUGUUUCUACAACAUACUCCCAUCACAAAACAGGGUUUAAGGUACAACUGUUUAUACAUUGUGGGUUUGUGUAAUGACAAGCGUGUCAAUGUACUUUACACAUGUCUGGCCCUCCACAGCUUUUGUCUAAACUUUUGAUAACCAAAGUGCCAUCAGUCGCCCAAAGCGUGCGUUUUCACUUUACCAAAGUCUCGACCAGCUAGGCAUUGCUUUUUAAUAGACAGGGUGUUGUAUUUUACAUUUUAUGAUCACAGUCACUCACUGCGUUUUUCAAAAUAAAUGUGAUAAAUGGUAUUACUGAUAGUUCAA